CAGGUGUUGUGGUAAACUCAUCCGACCAAGCUUCCUCAGAUAGUUUCUCCUCUUCCUCCUCUUCCUUCUCUGCCAGUCCCAGCCUGUCCAGCCCUAUUGAGGACCCCUAUAUGUUACUUGUAACUACUGUGGUUGGCCCUGGGACUGAUAGCCCCACAGAGUCCCCCCUGGCCCUGUCCUCUACCGUGCCCAGCACUGUUGACAGCCCCUAUCAGUUAUUGGUCACUACCGGUCAUCUGGCCCUGUCGUCCACCCUGCAGCCCCCUCCCCAGGACAGCCUCCCCGUACCCAGCUUCCAGGAGGGCCGCCGAGCCUCCGACAUGGACACCGGCGCUCUAACACAAGGUCUGAGGGUGUUCCGCCAGCAGUUGAGGAGGGAGGCCAGCGCCAAGGGCCUGCUGGGACUGAACAAGAUGAAGAGCCCCYGGGUCCGGCARGGGUGGUCCCCCCCAGCCUCUGGCCCUGCACCCUGCCCCCCUGCCUGGGGGGGGCGAGACCUGUCCCACUGUGUCCCCACCACACCACUGUCAGAGGAGGGCUUCCAGCAGCAGAAGUGA